AUUGGGAGCACUUGUGUGAAUACUUGACGCGUAAACAUGAAAAAGAAAUCGGUGAGGAAUUCGCGAAAACAUAAUUAAAUAAACAACUUUUUGUAAAAUAUGCACUUGUUGUCGAUUAAGUAAAAUGAGCACGGUAGAAGAUAAAAUGGAAGUAUUGGCAAAUAGUGUGCAACCAGAAGACAAUCUCGUGGGACAAGUUAACGAAAAUAUCGCAGGGGAUGAAGUGGAGGAAAUACAAUCAAAUCUGCAGUUGCAAAGUGUUGCACAAGACGUGGUCAUACCAAAGGUCGAACACCCAGUUGAAGAGCUAAUUGAAGCGGUGCUGACACAAAAAUCGAUUGCAGGGCAGCAACUAGUUGAAACAGCUGUUGCAAACGAAAAUGAAAAAUCUAACCAAGGUUUAGCUAUGAAGGCUGAAGUUGCUUUGGAAGCAACCGAUAAUCAGACAGACAAUUCCGAAAAUCUGAAACAAACGAAUAUUUCAACGCCACCGUCUACGGGGGGUACGCCAAGCUCACCAUGCACACCCAGGUCACAAGUUGAUAGCUUGUCACAUAUUGAAUGCUUAGCGCAAAUUGAGCGACAACGGCAAAAUUACGAACAGCAACUGGAACAAUUGCAGACUGCACUAGCGCAGAAAGAUAACAUGAUAACACUGUACCAACGAGAGAAUGCCAUACUUGAUAAGGAGAAAAAUGCUUUUCGAAAAGAAAAAGAGCUCGCAAAUAAAGAGAAAGAAUCAACGGUAAUUAAGUUUGCUAUGAAAGAGAAAUUGUUGUUAGAUGCCAAGAAGGAAAAGGAAACGGUUGAAAAGCAGCUUGCAGAUGCCAAAAGGGAGGUGAAAAAUGUGUCCGUCCGCUUUCAAGCGCUAAAUGAAGAGAAAUCUCGUAUGUCCUACAUAAUUGAUGAAAAGUGUAACGAAGUGCGAAAAUAUCAACGCGAGUGUGAGAAACUAAAGACAGAUUACUCUCAUUUGGAAUCGAAGCUUAAAUACCAUGCGAAUAAAUUAAACAUUGAAAUAGAACAAAGAAUGGUUCUAGAAAGAAAGCUUGAGGAAGAACGGAAUGCGCCUAAUAAAUUGGAAGAAAAGGCUAAUGAAAAUCUCAAAAUGGAGUUUGAGGCCAAUACCAUUUUACUAAAACAUGAAAUUAAAAGUAAAACAGAUCAAAUAGAGCAUUUGCACAGGGAAUUAAAUAAAUCAAAGGAGGAAGUUAAAUCGCUACAAGAGCAAUGUAGUAAAGAGAUUUUGGAAAGAACUGAUCUCUGUACUGCGCUGCAGAAGCUGCAAGAGGAACACAAUUCAUUGCAAAACGCUUAUAGCGAAGAAAUGUUGAUUUCAGCAAAAUUGCGUUGUCAAUUGGAUGAGCUGCAGGUGCUAAAAACUCAAAAUACUUUAAACGAAGAAAAAAUCACCACGCUCACUCAAUCAGCUGAUGAAAUGAAAGAAAAAUUACAAGAUAACGAACAAGAUUUAUGUCAGUUGCGUGAAAGAGAAAGUGAGCUGUUAAGUAUUAAUAAGGAAAUUAGUGAAUCAAUAGUUGCCUUACAAAACGAGAUUUGUUUGCUAAAGUCUAAGGUUCAAGGCGUUGGGGCAGAAAAUGAUAUUUUAAAGAAAGAGAAGUUAGAGUAUGAUAGCAAGUAUAACCAAUUACUUGAGAGCUUGAAAAAUGAGGCCGAGAAAAAACUGGAGGAAAGACAAUUAUUUGCAAAGCAUCUUUCAGAAAAAACCAAGCUUUAUGAAGUGACGAAAAGUAAACUGGAAAACGUUGAAGGCGAUUUCGAAGCGACCAAGCAUAAACAUGCGACUGUUGUAAAGGAACUGCAACGUGAAUUACAAAAGUACAAAAAGUCUAUGGCGCAUGCAACCACUUCAGAAAAUCAUACUGCAAGUCAAUAUUGCGCGCAAUGUAAGAGUAUUUUGAGUAGAGCGGAAGCCAAUGUGCCAUUAACAAAUGGGUUUGAGGAAAAUGGAACUGCGUCAACAGCCAAGCAAAAUCGCACGCAUAGCCGUACCAGCAGUCAAAGUAGUCAACCGAGCACAAGUCGGCGGCCAAGCGAGACAUCCGAGUCGGAAACAAUGGCCAGCAGCGUCACGACUAUACAACAAGAUUUACAGGGUCCUUCCAAAAAACACUUAGUUGACCGCAUACUACGACUGCAGCAAGCCUCAGCGCGACAAACGGAAAAAAUAGAUUUUUUGGAAAAUCACACACUUUCUCUUGUUGCGGAGCUGCAGAAAAAGUCGAAAGUCGUACAGUAUUAUAUGCUGCGCGAUCAAGCAGGUGCACUUACCUCAACGAGAAGUGAUCAAAACAAGUCUGAGUUGGCUAAAUAUGGCAAUGGUGUAAUGUCAGCUAUAUAUAAUGGCAUUAAAGGCGACACCAAGAGUAUGACAUUAGAAUUGUCACUGGAAAUAAAUAAGAAACUGCAGGCAGUACUAGAGGAUACUUUGCUCAAAAAUAUAACUUUAAAGGAAAAUUUAGAUGUAUUAGGUUUGGAAGUGGAUAACCUAACCAGAAAACUAAGGCUUAUGGAGUCUAGAGAAUGACACAGACCAAUGUUUUAGAUAAGCAGGAUUGCGACAUUCGUAUAUGAGCCACAAAUCUAUAAAAUUGUUUUUAGUAUUAGCUUAAAUUAUAACAAUUCAAGCAGUCAUUUGUAAAACUACAUACAUAGUUCAAAUUAAAUAACAUUCCAUUUUGUAA